AUGACCUGCGCUUUCUUUGCUGAUGCCGCAGACAAAGGGUCCAAUCCGCCCACCCUGAAAGACUAUCGCGGCAACAUCUAUCGCGUUAAGGAUCGAGACAUUGCCGCAUCUACGAUUCAAGCAUGUAUCAUUGCGCAUACCUUUGCAAGCCGAUAUGAUGGAGAAGACCAACUACGAGAGCUGCUGGAGCUUUCAUUCUCGGAAGAGCAAGUUCACGACAUUGUGACAUCGCUGCACGAAGCAAGGCCAAGCCGCCAGGAGCUACGAACAACUCGUCAAGCCGCUCAACCUCAGCAUGAGGAGGACACUGCUCAAGCAGCGGCCGGUAUGUCGCAGCACGCCAGCUCUGGAAUGCGAAGUUCCCAAGCACACGAUCUUCGUGAGGAGAUGUUUCAGGCGCUCUUUAGGUCAACUGGGCGAGAAGAGGAGGACACGACUCCACAAUCAAGGCGCUACGAAAAGACAGCCGAGGAGCACAACUCUAUGAUGCGCGAGGCAACUGAAACGGGAUCGCAAGCUUCGUCUGCUGCAAGAAGGCGAAAGAGACCAAGGACGACUGGAGCAUCAUAG